GGCGAUUAGGCAAAGUGAGCCACGGGUUUCGCGUGACCAGCUCAACUAACCAUGGUUAGGAAAAAGCAUGUGUGGUUAGGAUAGACACAGAGCAUGACACACACAUGUAAAGGCGAUCAUAAAAUCUGAUCGACUAUAUAUAUGAAUGCCGUUCUUCUCGGUCAGGGCCUCUGCAUCUCGCAUUUCGCUUCAGGAGGAGGACCGAGUGAGAAAAAGUGUGGAGGAAAUAAAAAAGGAAGAGAAAGUAUCAAAGAGAUCGAAUCGAUCGAGAAAGGUAAAUCGGUCAGGCAAGGAGGAGGAGGAGGAGGAGGAUGCUGAGGAAGGAGGAUAUAGGGCUUAGCCUUAGUUUGAGCUCAUCCGGUUACCAGCAGCAGCCGGCGGCGUCUCCUUGUCUCCGCGGCAACUACUGGGCUCAUCUUCUUUCGGGGGACUCAUCUGAAGAGAAGAGAUCGGUGGUGGUGUUGACGGACGAGGCGGAGGCGGAGGCGACGCGGUCGCUGCUGCGGGGGAUCGACGUGAAUCGGGGGCCGGGGGAGAGGGACGUCGUCAGCGAAGAGGACGCAGGAGCGUCGUCGCCCAACAGCACGCUCUCGAGCGUCAGCGGGAAGAGGGCGGAGCGCGACAGUGGUCACCCUAGACUCGGCGAUAACGAGGUUCUAGAAGCUGAUCGGUCCUGCUCUCGCGGCGGGAUCAGCGACGAGGAGGAUGGCGGGGACGGCUCUCGAAAGAAGCUCCGUCUCUCCAAGGACCAGUCGGCUGUCCUGGAGGAGAGCUUCAAGGAGCACAACACCCUCAAUCCCAAGCAAAAGAUGGCGCUGGCGAAGCAGCUAAACCUGAGGCCGAGGCAAGUGGAGGUGUGGUUCCAGAACCGGAGGGCGAGGACGAAGCUGAAGCAGACGGAGGUGGAUUGCGAGUUCAUGAGGCGGUGCUGCGAGAAGCUGACGGAGGAGAACCGGAGGCUACAGAAGGAAGUGCAGGAGCUUAGAGCCCUGAAGCUGUCGCCGCAGCUGUACAUGCACAUGACUCCGCCCACCACGCUCACCAUGUGCCCUUCCUGCGAGCGCGUCUCCAACUCUAACUCCACCGCCGCCGCCGCUUCCCCUUCUCCUGCGACGCCGAUGCCGGACCACCACCAACAGUUCUUCCUCAGCCAGCGGCAGAUCCCCUCGCCGUGGGCUCCCGUACCGCUCCGGCCCUUUCUGGAAGCUGCUUCUCUUCAGCGGUAGCUAAUUAAAGCGCCAUUUAGUUAAUCAGGAUCUGAUCGAUGCCUAAUUAGCGAGCGAGUGGAGAGGGCUUUUGUGUUGUACGAUGAUGACGAUGGCGACGGAUGAGUGGGAAUUCAAAUUUAGUACGAGACAUUAAAAUUCGAA